AUGACCAGCGUGGACAAUUCAGCGUCGCCGAGUCGAGGGAGACGGAAGAAUAGGGAGCAGAGUGGUAGUCGGACUCGGCGGAGGAAGGGGGCGUGGAAGAAACUAUUGUGGGUGAAGCAGUCUUAUCCUGAUAACUAUACGGAUCAGAAUACCUUCCUCGAACACCUGCAGCGCAAUCCACGGCUUAAACCGUAUGCGUUCUGGCCUCUGGUGGCAGACUCCACGGUUAUCGUUCAACACGUCUGCUCCGUCAUCAUCUUCGUCGUUUGUUUCGUUGGGAUAUUCCAAGAGCGGGUGUCCCCCGUUGCGGUGGUUGGCUGGGGUAGCAUCGCGACAUUUAUGGGCUGGUUACUAUGGGAUUGGUGGGUUGGACAAGAAGAGGCUGCAAGCUUGGCCUCGAAUAACCCCACGAGCAUCUCCGCCGCGAGCUCUACCUCGAAUCUAGGAAGCACGAAUACAGGGACGGCUCCCAACCCAGGCCUCUCAUCGCGACAACACUCGAACUCUGCAUCAGCCUCGGCCUCCUCCAUCCCCUCCACGCUGCCCAACAGCGCCUUACACUCCCAAACGCCCACGCCACGCUCAACGCCCAACUACCCACCCCCGCACUCCCUCUCCAAGCCCUUCAGCCACCGCACCUCCCUCCGAAUCUCCACUGCCAAAUCCGCACUACUCAUCUACUUCACCCUCCUCGGCCUGUCCCCGAUCCUGAAAUCGCUCACACGGUCCACAUCCAGCGACAGCAUCUGGGCCAUGUCCUUCCUCCUCUUCACCAUCAACAUCUUCUUCUUCGACUACAGCUCGCCGGCCCCGCAAUCCAUCACGUCAGCCGGGAAGAACAUCCCCGCCAGUCUCAGCACCAACGCCGCUCUGAUGGCGUCGACCGUGCUCGCGAGCCGUCUGCCGAGCACGGGCCAGGUCUUCUCGCUCACGCUCUUCUCCAUCGAGGUCUUCGGCCUGUUCCCGGUGUUUCGGCGCUACGCGCGCCUGCGCUCGUGGCGCGGCCAUGUCGCGCUCACGACACUGCUCGUCGUCGGGGCCGGGGGCGGCGUGGGACUCAUCCUGGGACAUGGAGGCGAUGGCGACGGGCUCUGGGAUUUCCCCUGGAAGAGUGGGCUGAUGGGCAUGGUGAUCGGGGUGCUGGUCACGGGGCUCGCGAUGGGUGGGUGUAGUUGGUGGUUGAUCGGCUUGCAGAAGUAUAAGAAUGAGAUUCAUGGACCGUGGGAUCCUGCGAGGCCGGUUAUUCGGAGGUGGGAUGAUUAUUAG